CAAACUGGCCACGUCAUUUUACAUUACGGAGGAAAAUCUUGUUUUCGCUGCGUUUUCCUUUUGAAUUCUCCUUAAUUUUAUCACCGGCAAUACAAACGUGCUCAGACGCAUAAGUACGUAUCGAAUAAUAUUACUGAUAUAUUACACAUAACGUAAAUAUUUAAGAAAUUUGAAAGGAGGCGGCAUCUGAUAACUCUUAGAAGCGUACGUGUUGAAUAGUGUUAAGAAAGAGGCGUGUAUUUCAUCACAAUUUUAUUAUAUAUUCGCCCCUCUAAGGACUAAUUAUGGCCAGUGUGGUGGAAGUAAAGAGGGCUCUCCUCACUGGCAUAACAGGACAGGAUGGCUCCUACCUGGCUGAGCUCCUCCUCAGCAAGGGAUACCAGGUUCAUGGGAUCAUCAGAAGAGCCUCCACCUUCAACACAGGCCGUAUCCGUCAUCUCUAUGAAGACACUAAGAUCCACAGUAACGGCCGGAUGCAGCUCCAUUAUGGUGACCUGACAGACUCGACCUGCCUUGUUAAGAUUAUAUCCCUCGUCAAGCCAGAUGAGAUUUAUAAUUUAGGCGCUCAGAGCCACGUCAAGGUUUCCUUUGAUAUGGCAGAAUACACUGGAAAUGUUGAUGCCAUGGGAACUCUCCGUCUCCUAGAUGCUAUAAGAACGUGCGGCAUGGAAAAGAAGGUCAGAUUCUACCAAGCUUCCACAUCAGAACUUUAUGGAAAGGUUCAGGAAAUUCCGCAGAAAGAGACUACCCCGUUUUAUCCUAGAUCUCCCUAUGGUGCUGCAAAACUUUAUGCUUACUGGAUUGUUGUGAACUACCGUGAAGCUUAUGGCAUGUUCGCCUGUAACGGUAUCCUCUUCAACCACGAAUCUCCCAGACGAGGUGAGACAUUCGUCACUCGUAAGGUCACCCGGUCAGUGGCUAAGAUACACUUGGGAAUCCUGGACAAGUUUGAACUUGGAAAUAUCGACUCCAAGAGAGAUUGGGGACACGCAAAAGACUAUGUUGAGGGAAUGUGGAAGAUCCUCCAAGCUGACGAACCUGAGGACUUUGUUCUUGCCACGGGAGAAGUCCAUUCCGUCCGAGACUUUGUUGAGGCUGCAUUCAAAGAGAUUGGACGUGAAAUCUACUGGGAAGGCACAGGUGUUGAUGAAGUUGCAAAGGAAAAAGAAACGGGCAUUGUGAGAGUGAAGAUCAACCCUAAGUAUUACCGACCUGCUGAAGUUGACUUCCUGCAAGGAGACGCAACGAAGGCCUGGAAGAAGCUCGGCUGGAAGGCAACCCACGAUUUCGCGGGCCUUGUGAGGGACAUGGUAGAGGCAGACAUCGAGCUGAUGAAGAAGGAUCCUGCGGCAUAAAGUGUUGUGAUCUCUGGGGUUGCCGGUGCGUCACGGUGCUCACAGAUGGCGCUGGUUGUUGACGUGAAAAGGGAAAAAUUGUGCUGCGUCUAGUGUUCUUUUUUUUUUUUUUUUUUUUUUUCUUUCAAUUUCUCUCUCUCCAAAAUGUGAUACGAGUUGGCGGUGAUUCCACGCUUUUGGUUCGUUUGUGUUUUCACCCCCCUUUUUCUGUAUGUGUUAUCUGUUGUUGUUAUUGUUAUUUUUUCUCUCUGAUUCUCUUUCGUAAGACGCGUGUGACAGGAGUAAUAAUAAGAAAAAAAAAAUGUAAUAAAGCUUCAUGUUGCGUUUAUUUGCAACAUGGAUAUUUUUCCCUCUUGGAUUAGAGUGCAAUACUGUAGUUUUUAUUCUAUUUAUUUUUUUUUUUUUAAGGUUGUCAGUAGUGUUUUCUCUUUGCACAGAGGACUUCGCUCUCGGCGUGAUGAGCUGAUUUUUGUCCCUGACUUAGUUUUCUUUCGGUAGCUUAGGGGGAACGGGAGUAUGUGUAUAUAUAUAUCUUUGCAUUUGUAUAA